UGUUGAUCUUGUUAGUGUUGAUCUUGUUAAUGUUGAUCUUGUUGGUGUUGAUCUUCUUGGUGUUGAUCUUGUUGGUAUUGAUCUUGUUGUUGUUGAUCUUGUUGAUGUUGAUCAUGUUGGUGUUGAUCUUGUUAGUGUUGAUCUUGUUGGUUUUGCUCUUGUUAAUGUUGAUCUUGUUGAUGUUGAUCUUGUUAAUAUUGAUCUUGUUAGUGUUGAUCUUGUUGAUGUUGAUCUUGUUGAUGUUGAUCUUGUUGGUGUUGACCUUGUUGGUGAUGAUCUUGUUGUUGUUGAUCUCACUAAUGUUGAUGAUCUUGUUGGUGUUGAUCUUGUUGGUGUUGAUCUUGUUGGUUUUGAUCUUGUUGGUGUUGAUGUUGUUAGUGUUGAUCUUGUUCGUGUUGAUCUUGUUAAGGUUGAUCUUGUUGGUGUUGAUCUUGUUGGUGUAGAUCUUGUUAGUGUUGAUCUUGUUAGUGUUGAUCUCGUUGAUGUUGAUCUUGUUAGUGUUGAACUUGUUGGUGUUGAUCUUGUUAGUGUUGAUCUUGUUAGUGUUGAUCUUGUUGGUGUUGAUCUUGUUGGUGUUGAUCUUGUUAGUGUUGAUCUUGUUAAUGUGGAUUUUGUUGGUGUUGAUCUUGUUGGUGUUGUUCUUGUUGUUGUUGAUCUUGUUGGUGUUGAUCUUGUUCAUGUUGAUCUUGUUGGUGUUGAUCUUGUUGAUGUUGAUCUUGUUGUGUUUAUCUUGUUGGUCUUGAUCUUUUUUGAUCUUGCUGAUGUUGGUCUUGUUGAUGUUGAACUUGUUGGUGUUGACCUUGUUGGUAUUGAUCUUGUUGGUGUUGAUCUUGUUAGUGUUGAUCUUGUUCGUGUUGAUCUUGUUGAUGUUCAUCUUGUUGAUGUUGAUCGUGUUAAUGUUGAUCUUGUUGGUGUUGAUCUUGUUGGUGUUGAUCUUGUUGAUGUUGUUGAUCUUGUUGUUGAUCUUGUUGAUGUUGAUCUUGUUGAUGUUGAUCUUGUUAAUGUUGAUCUUGUUGGUGUUGACCUUGUUGAUGUUGACCUUGUUGAUGUUGAUCUUGUUAGUGUUGAUCUUGUUAUUGUUGAUCUUGUUGGUGUUGAUCUUAUUAAUGUUGAUCUUGUUAAUGUUGAUCUUGUUAGUGUUUAUCUUGUUGGGGUUGAUCUUGUUAGUGUUGAUCUUGUUAGUGUUGAUCUUGUUGAUGUUGAUCUU